GUUCCCUUGAUGCCAACAGAGGUGUUGGCAAUCAUUGUAUCCUGAUUCCUGGGCCACAGUCGGAGAUGGCGCAGGACCAAAACUGGUCAAUGUCUUUCACAUGAAGAGAUUCAGGAUCAUUAAAAACUAAACUGAGCCUAGAGGAAAUCAGGAGGAAAACAAAUAUGUUUGUGCAGGAAAGAGUAAAAAACCAUCAUUUUGGUGCCAGAAACGCAGAAGACCGACAGCCUUCCAGCUCCCCGAGCAGGCCCCAGGCAACAUCUGCCCAUGUGGCUUCCAGACUAGCUCCUCGCCAGGAUGAGGGACCUUCUUCAGUACGUCGCCUGUUUCUUUGCCUUUUUCUCCUCUGGGUUUCUGAUCGUGGCCACCUGGACAGACUGUUGGAUGGUGAAUGCCGAUGAUUCCCUGGAGGUGAGCACAAAGUGCCGUGGCCUCUGGUGGGAGUGUGUCACAAAUGCUUUCGACGGGAUCCGCACCUGUGACGAGUAUGACUCUAUAUAUGCGGAGCAUUCCUUGAAGCUGGUGAUAACUCGAGCGUUGAUGAUUACUGCAGAUAUUCUAGCUACGUUUGGAUUUAUCACCCUGCUUCUUGGUCUCGACUGUGUGAAAUUCCUCCCUGAUGAGCCGUACAUUAAAAUCCGCAUCUGCUUCGUUGCUGGAACCACAUUACUAAUAGCAGGUGCCCCAGGAAUCAUUGGUUCUGUGUGGUAUGCUGUUGACGUGUAUGUGGAACGUUCUUCUUUGGUUUUUCACAAUAUAUUUAUUGGCAUCCAAUAUAAAUUUGGUUGGUCCUGUUGGCUAGGAAUGGCAGGCUCUCUGGGUUGCUUUCUGGCUGGAGCUGUCCUUACCUGCUGCUUAUAUCUCUUUAAAGAUGUUGGAUCUGAGAGAAAUUAUUCUUAUUCUAUGAGGAAGGCCUAUUCAACUACAGCUGUUUCCAUGGCCAAGUCAUAUGUGGCCCCUCGGACAGAGACUGCCAAAAUGUAUGCUGUAGAUACAAGAGUGUAAGAUGCCACGUAUCGAUCUGUUUCUAUAUUAUUUAAUCAAUAAAUAUAGUCAUCUGAAUAAAAUAGCAUGUCAUCUCAGGAACAUUUAGACUUCAUGUGCAACAAGUUAUGACUUAUCCUUUCUAUUAUUCUCAUAUUCUCUUUCAUUCUCUCUGUUUCUCUCCCCACACAUUUUCCCUAUAUUUUAAGAUAAGUAUGCUAAGACGUAGAAAUGUUUGUGAUUUCUCUUAGAAAAUAAGACAUUAUGAUAUUAAAAUAAAAUGAUACUUUAAAAUGGAAAGUAGUCUCAAAAGAGGCCAGAAAUUCUAAUCUAUCAAAGGAUUUACACACUCUUAUCUUUCUCCACUGCCCUUGGUUCAGUUUUUGUAUUCUCAAUGAUUGCAUGAGUUAUUUGAUAACUUUGAGGAAGAUGAUUCUUUUAAAUUCAAACUAGUGUAUCAAAGUCUACCAUUGCUCUGAUUCUGGAAAAGGAGAAAAAAGAAAAUAAUAGCUUCAUCUACUAGCCACCGAUGGCAUUAAAGUUAAGAAAUUCUUCCUGCGCACUCUAAAUGUCAACAGUAAAUGAUAUAUUAAUACUGGAGUCAGUGGUGACUUUCUAUCUCAUUACAACAUAAGAAGUCUGUGUUUUAUUUCACUGUUGUAAUUUUCCCUAUAUUAUCAAAUUAUUAGACCAGAGCAGUAAUAGAUCAGCCAUAGAGUUCAUUCAUUUAUUAAUUGAAUAUCCAAAUAUGUUUCAUGAAUGUAUGAAUUCAUAUUAGAUUCACCAACUGAAGUGCCCACUCACCACUGGGGUCUCAGUACCCAGCAAAAAUUUGAUAAUUGACAAAAUUUAACAAAUGUAUGUGGUGAAAAUACAUAAAGUUUAGAACU